AUAAAAAAAAAUUUGUGGCAAAUCUGUGUUGUGCCGUCGGUAAAAAUGCAAGCCACCAAAAUGCGCACUCCCUUCGCCAUACAGGAAAUUUUGGGUUUGGGUGUUGGUUCGGCCGCAGCUGCUGCUGCCGCCGGCUAUCCCCAUCCCGUGCACCUACAUCCACAUCCCGCUCUACCGCCCUCGGCCACCACACCGCCACCCUCCUCACACAAUUCCAGCUCCAGCUCACAGCAUCCACCCACUCAACGUUUGUCGACCUCGUCGCCGCCCUCGGCCCAUACGCCCAGCGAUUGCAAUAAUGCUCCCAUUUCACCUGCCUCUUCGACACAUGGCCGCCAUCGUGACUCCAGAUCUUUGUCGCCCGAUGUCAGCCGUCUGUCAGCAGCUGCUGCUGCUGCCGCCGCGGCCGCUGCUCAUGUGCAAUUACCCGUCUUUAAUCCGGCCAAUUUUUAUGCCGCUGCCGGUUAUACGGCCGCCGAUCAUGCUGGCCAGCUAAAUGCGGCCGCCCAUCAUCAUCACAUGACCACACUGGCGGCUGCUGCCUAUUUGAGAGGAUUUUUACCGCCGGGCUUUAGUACGCCCCAUGAGUUCAGGGGACAUUUUCAGCAGCAUUUUGGUUCACAGUUUGCGGAACAAACCUCACGUGGCAAUAAUGAAUAUCCAGGAUCUCAAACUAAUAACAAUAAUGUAGAGGAAAAUUCACCUAGUAAAUCUAGUUCAACAUCAACGAGCAGCCAAAAUAAUUCCUUAACCUCAAAUGCAAAUACCCCCAAUACAAAUAAUCCAGCAAAUCAACCUUCAACCCCCACCAGACCCACACUGUCACCAGCUGAACAUGCUGCCGCCGCAUUGGCCCAUCAUGCCGCAGCAGCGGCUGCUGCACAUCAUGCUCACUCACACAGUCAUCCUCAUGCCCAUCCCAUGGCUGCACAUCAUGCGGCAGCUGCUGCUGCAGCAGCUCAUCAUCAUGCCACCCAUCAACAUCCCUCAGCCCAUCAUGAAGCCUUCCUAAAUGGCUCGGCCAGUGUAGCAGCAAAUGGCCUGCUUGGCCAUCAUCCGGCUACGGGGCCCGAUGGGGUACUGCUGGGUCCGGCAGGCGGCAGUAAAAAGAAAAAUAAACGUCGUCAUGGUCGUACAAUUUUUACGAGCAAUCAAUUGGAGGAGUUGGAAAAAGCAUUUAAAGAUGCCCACUAUCCGGAUGUCAGUGCCAGGGAAUUGCUGUCAAUGAAAACGGGUUUGGCCGAAGAUCGCAUACAGGUCUGGUUUCAAAAUCGUCGUGCUAAAUGGCGUAAAACUGAAAAAUGCUGGGGUCACAGCACUAAAAUGGCUGAGUACGGUCUGUACGGAGCCAUGGUUAGACAUUCUUUACCUCUGCCUGAAACUAUUAUUAAAUCUGCCAAAGAAGACGAAUCGGUAGCUCCCUGGCUAUUGGGAAUGCAUAAAAAAUCUCUCGAAGCUGCCGAUGUGCUGAAAUCGGAUGACAGUGAUCGUGAAACACCCACCUCGGAUGAUACGAAUACCUCAUAUUCUGCAGGCAGCACACACAAUUCCCCGAUCUCUUCAUUUUCCAUUUCACGACUGCUAUUCGACAACAGCAGUCAUCAUCAGGGCAAACAUAAAGGUCAGUCGCAUGCUAGUGUGGUGCCCGGAAAUCAUGAUCUCAUGACAAAUUCUCAUCAUACGGGCAUGCAACAUCAUCCCUACAAUCAGCAGCAGCAUUUACAUCAUCUCCAGCAAUUGCAUCAGCAACACCAGCAGCAGCAGCAACAACAACAGCAGCAGCAACAGCAUCAACACCAAUUGAUGAUGGCUGAGGCCGCAGAGUUGCAUAGAAGAAGACAGGAGGAGUAUCAAAGGGAGCAACAUCAAAGAGAUUUAAAUUUAAAUACACAUCAACAGCAUCUGCAUCCUCAACAGCAGCAGCAGCAACAGCAAUCCCAAACCCAGUUAACGCGCUUUACGGAUGACAAUGAUGAUGAUCUGAUGGCUGAGGAUGACAACGAUGACGAUGAUUGUGAUAAAGAGGAAAUCGAUAUAUGUGAUGAUACCGAUGAGGAUCCCAUUAAGGAUAUUAAAAUGAUUAAAAGAGAAGAUGUGGAGAAUAGAUGAAAUUUAUUUAUAGAUGUUUUAUUGUAAAUU